CCACCGCAUCCAUCCAACUGCCCCUCCAAAACCGUCACCCCUUCAAAGUACUUGCCACCACUAAAGGACAAUCUGCCCUGCAUUCACUGCAAUCCUUCUACAAAGACAUCUCUGUAAUCGAUCCGCUCGAGUCGCCGAGUCUGCGCGAUUCAUCUGAUACCUUUUUUGAGUAACAUUUACCCCGUUUGAAUCACCAAACAAUGUCGGGCGCAAACUCGUGGUUGGCGAGGCAGCGGAAGAGCGAUCUCGUCGAGAUUGCCGAGCUGACCGGACUUACUGGGUACGAGAACCAGAAAAAGGCCGACUUGGAAGUCACUCUCGACGAAUACCUCGCCGAGAACACAAUUCAGUUCUCCCAAAACCCCAAGCUCGCAGGCUACUAUACCAGUCGCUCCAAGGCUGCCGGCUCACCCGUCAAGAGGGAGGCUCCCUUGACCGAUCUCGUCAAGUCUACGCGUCGCAGGACGACGAGAGCCAUCGAGGAGCUUCAGCCCGAGGCCGAACCUGAAAGAGCCGAAUCUUCGAGCCCGGAGCCUGCUUUCUCCACCGCACUGGCGACGCGAACUCCCGCCCGCAACCUCUCUCUUGCGAGCCGUAUUCCUCUGCCCGCGACGCCUGCUGAUGUCGCCGAGGCCGUCGACCGUCAUACUGUCGCCCUGCGCGAGCGUGCGACAGAGCUGUACGACCAGUCCGGCAUCCAGGAGGGCACCCAGGCUGUGCGCUCCUCCCUGUCAACCGUCACAUCGGUGCUGUUCACUGUGGCCGCGUUUGAGGCGUGGAACCUGAGAGCCGAGGUUUUGCCCCUCCGCUACGCCUUCACCAUCCCCGCGAUUCCGGCCCUGGGCACCAACUUCUACCCCGUCUACGUGCCUGACGCCUUCCUGUUCGUGACCUCGUCCUUCUGGUCGCCCGUCGCCCUGUGGACUCUCACCUCUGUCCUCAUUCCCUCCCUGUUUGGGUACUUUUACAACCUGAGCGCGGCGAGCCAUCCCCAGCCUCGCGGCCGCAAGUCGUCGACCGUUGAGUACAAUGUCGACCCCUUGGUCUUCAGCAUCGUCAAGGCUUUGAUCUCGUUCGUUGUCUACGCCCAAAAGGUCAGCUUUGGCGGCUGGAUCAAUGAGAACUCGAUCGACCGCAUCAACGGCGCUCUGUAUGGAGAGUGGAAGGGCAUCUUGACCGGUGCUGCCAUCACCGGGCUUGUAAGCCUCUACGAUGCCGUGCUGAAGAAGUAGUACCCAUCUGCUCUGAAAACGACGUUUCCUCGAGCUCCUCGCGCGCGUGGGACUCCUCCCAGCAGCCCGCGACGCACAAGAGGAAGACCUGGACGGAAACCUCGCGACAACAUUAUUUGAACACUCGUACCGCG